AUGCCCCGUCUAGAAGUGCCCCCAGUGGAUCCCCAGGUUCGAGGGGCAUUAGAUCCAGUUCUUAAAGAUGGCAUUUUCAACGACGACGAUACGUGGUCACUGACGCUUCUACCGCUGCUACUAGAACGCCUACAAGCUAUCAAGGCGGCAGUGCUCCAUGCACAAAAGACUAAUGCCAGUGGGCCACAGGCCAAAGACAUUGAAAAGAUAAGCACAUUUUGCGAGAAGAUCGAGAAACACUUGAAAAGUCAUUUUCAAGAUGGUGCUCCGUUCACUAUUUACAGAAUUGCAGAGCUCUUGCUUGAGCCAGAGAAGUCUGGGUACCUGUUGACCACGGUGCAACAGGCAGAGCGGUUUCUUGCGGCUUUUGCACGAACAAUAAUGGUGGUUUCGAAGGAAACAGAACAUUUGAGCGACUCGGACGAAAAUGGGUCGAGUCAAGUCAAUGGAGCAAAUGGAAAAGAGGCUAAUGCACGUCUAGCUAAUGGGCAUGAAAUUGCUACACCAGAGCAAUACGAACAAUUCGAUCUCCCCAAAGAUGUAACUUACAUUUCCCUUCCGUGGGUAACGGUCAAGAAGGACUCCGAAAAGGAGACAGAAACGGAUUUAGACGAUGUUGAGCGGCCGUCAAAGAAGCAAAGGGCCAAUGCUGAAGAAGAUGCGGAGCUUGUUGCUGACAGUAAGCCUCUAGAAAGAACAUCGCAUUGCGAUUCCUCAUCUCCAGGUAACUCAUAA